AAGGUAACUGCAGAACGCAACAGGCCUUAUCCUCCCAACACUCGCAGUAAGGUGAAUUGUUGACAUUACUUGGGGAACCUUGCCCAUAAGGUAGGACUGAGCACACAUUGCUCGAAUUAUCACUCCCUCUUCACUUUAUCCGUUCACUUUGAUGCUGACAUCUGUGCCUUUUGGGAUUCAGCAACGACCUCCUAACAUCACUUUGUUCAUUGGGAUCCCUAAAUACAUAUCACUGACUGGUACACGGCCGCACGAGCUCCGAACUGCCCUGAUAUGAAAGAGUAGUACAUGUACCAGGGACGCAUCUUAUCUCGUCGCCUAUUCCCACUGCAGCCUGAGCGCACCUCACGUAGCUGCAGCUGGGUGCCUACCUACCUCUCCGCCACUACAGCCCGAGCCAUCGCAAAUUCAAAAUCAAGAGUCACGACGUGCAGUCUAAAGCCAGCAUAAAAAAUUGCGCGUGCCAUCAUGUCUUCCUCCAAAAUCAAAACACGAAUCGUCAUUCUCUCGGACACGCAUGGGGCCAAACCCAAGCCAAGAACAGCCCAGGAUCCCGACUCAGAUACAGAGUUGUCCCAAAAUCACCGGAUUGUCAUGCGGCUACCCACUGGAUUCCGACAUCCACUGCCAGAGGCCGAUGUUCUCAUUCAUUGUGGCGAUCUCACCAAGAGAUCACGUACAGAGGAGUUCGAGGCGACCUUUUCGAUGUUGCGGGACGCGCCAGCGAAGCUCAAACUCGUCAUUGCCGGAAACCACGACGGGGCACUGGACGCAAAGUUUUGGGACCGGUACGCAGACGAGCAAUCUGGGAGACCGGGAGACGAUACUAUGCCCCAGCAGGCCUGGAGGAUCAUCAAGGAAGCAGAGCAGGAUAAUGUACGUUUUCUUGACGAGGGCACACACACCUUUGCGCUGGACAAUGGCGCCGUCCUUCGGCUCUAUGCUUCGCCAUGGACCCCUGAAUAUGGACUCUGGGGUUUCCAGUAUGAUGUUCAGAAGGGCCACAGCUUCGAUAUUCCGGAGGGUAUAGAUGUUGUCAUGACACACGGGCCGGCCAAGGGGAUUCUGGACCUGACCAGGGGUCACGAUCAUGCCGGAUGUCCGUUUCUGCUCAGUGCAUUAGAGAAAGCGAAGCCACGGAUUCAUUGUUUUGGGCACAUCCACGAGGCCUGGGGCGCCUAUCUGGCCAAGUGGGGGGAGUCUGCCGAGCGAGGCGAUCAAGGGGCCGCCGAGGGCGUCUUCAAGUCUGCCUCCCGGACUAUCAUGGACCUGGAUGACUUCUGGCCCGUGUUGGCCGAUGACGACGAGGGGUACGCAUCGAGGGUUCAGAUGCUGAAGAAGAUCAGGAGAGAGGGCGGCAUCGAAAUUGACCUCACAGCACUUGAGGCGUCUGGUGCCGGGAAGGACCAAACAUUGUUUUUGAACGCAGCAGUCAUGGAUUUGGGGUACAGGCCUGUGCAAAGCCCCUGGAUUGUGGACAUUGAUCUGCCACAGAAGGAGUCAGGAUAGAUGAGCAGUAUAGCCUUUGUUCGACUAUAAGUAUCAAGACACUCUAAUACAUAGCUACGAGCACUUCUUGCUUGUGUUGUGUUUACCAAGUCCCUUACACGUGAUGGGAG